AUGGAUUCUGGACAGAUGGAGAUGAUCAGUGUGGAGCUGCUCCUUACGGCUGCUGCUUCGUCAACUGCAAUUUCGGUUAUGAUCGUCUAUAUUUCUACUAUUCCUGCACUUUUUAGAGAAAUCAAUGAUAUUUCUGAUAUGGUCCACGAUGGCAUUUCCGAAUUUCGCGCACAAACCGAUAUGGCAUGGAAUGAUCUUAUGGAGGUUCAGAUGCUUCUAGAAUCUGCAUCAUAUUCACAUAGUAGACGACGCACUUUGGAUUCAAUUUUUCGCCCGAAGCGGGGGGCUUUACCCCCGUGGUGCAUUUGCAAACCAAUAAGACUCGUAUGCCCUCCUGGUCCACCUGGACCUCCGGGAGCAAGUCCUGUGGGACCACCUGGUGCCACAGGUGAACCCGGUCAGGCAGGACCUGCUGGACAACGCGGAUCACCAGGAAUGCGAGGAGAAGAAGGUCGCCCCGGAGUUGUAGGACCUCCGGGAGAACCAGGAAUCCCUGGGCAAAAUGGUUUACCUGGGCGACCAGGACCGCAAGGUCAAGACGGACGAAUGGGCAAAGGUCAGCCUGGAAAGCAGGGUGUCAUAGGGCGCACAGGUUUUAUUGGAAAGGCAGGCGAGAGGGGUAAGGAUGGUGAACCCGGUAAGCAGGGACCCAUAGGACAGAUUGGGCAAAGUGGAACACCCGGGCGAGAUGGAGUUGAUGGAAUGCCGGGUACUCCUGGAAAAGCUGGUGGUCCCGGCCCGGAUGGGAAGUAUUGCCCGUGUCGAAAAUAG